AUGGAUUCAAGAGUAGUUCAAAAUGAAGUGCAUGAGAAUGAUGAACACUACUCCUACAUUGUUCCCUCAGAGCAAGUGACACAUGGUGAAGAAGAGCAGCACUUUGAUCAUGAGAAGAAGUCUGUUUUGAAUAAAGUCAAGGCAAAGGCUAUGAAAAUCAAGGACAGUAUUAAGAAGCAUGGCCAUCAAGUCCUUGAUGGUAGCCGUGAGUAUAACAAUGAAGAUCAGCACCAUCUUGAUGAUCAUGACAUAGAUGAGGAUAAAGACAUGGAUGAAGACACACAAGUUCAUGAAACACCAAUUCAUGAAAAUGAAGAUGUUAAAACUGCUACACCCACAUGUGAGCAAGUCGAAACUUUAGGGAAGUCAGGAAUUGAUUUUGGAAGUACAACAGUUAUGGCAGAUGAAGCUCAUCACGAUUCACUACCUUCAACCACUGACAUUGAUCAAAACAUAGCCACUGAGCCAGCCAACACAUUUUCUGCAGAAAAGAAAAGAGGACUUCCAAAGGACAAUUUGGAUUGGUCAAUAGGCUUGGAGGAAGAACCUUACUCUCCCAGAAAUAGGCCUGAGGCAUAUACUCCUCCCAAAUAUCAAACCAAAGUCACGGAUCCAACUGAAGUAGUAAAAGAAGAAACGGAAAUCACACCAGUCGAGGAAUCUUUUGCGAGAAUGAAUGUGCAGGAUGAGCCAAAAUCUACUCCAGAGCUAAACGUCCAGCCAACUAUUGCUGAUUCUGAAUACCCUCAUGUUGGAAACCAUGAUCAUUUAGUGCCACACCUUUCUGCUGAAAUGAAAACUCAGUAUCCUUCCUCUGAAUGUCAUAAGCAGUUCACUCAGGGAACGAUAUCCCCAAGUAUUAACAGUAACAUGGAAAAUGUCACAGACAGUGGACAAACUUUCAACACCAUGACAAUCACAGCUGAAGAACACUCUUGCUAUGAAGAAAACACUGAUAAAGUUGUCUCUCCUAAAGAUGUAAUAGCUUCUGGGGUAGGUUCAGAUGAGAAAGAUGACAUAAAGGACAAGGUGGUAACAAAUGAAGAGCAGCAAAAAAGUGGGGAUGUUUCUAACAUGUUUGGCUCAACUGCCCUAUAUGGGAAGAACAUUGCUCACUCUCUGACAGAGAAAUUAGCUCCAGUUUAUGAGAAGGUUGCAGGGGUAGGAAGUGCAGUGAAGUCCAAAGUGUCUGGAACUAGCACCGGUGGUGUUGAAACUGAGACAAAAAAUGAGGUUAAAGAACAAGACACAGGGGUUUCUGUGAAGGACUAUUUGGCUGAGAAGCUAAGGCCUGGUGAAGAGGACAAGGCACUUUCUGAGGUAAUUUCUGAAGCUUUAUAUAAGAGGAAGGAAGAACCAGUGAAAAAUGAGCAUCACUUGGAUGAUGAGGAUGAGAAAAUAUGUGAAGAGAGUUGUGUGCAUUCAGGAAAAGGUGUGGUUGAAAAGCUUAAGGGUGUUGUUGGUUCAUGGUUUGGCAAAUCUGAGGGAAAAGGAGGUGAAGAUUUAUCCAAGAACACAAAUUCUGGUGCAGAAUUGGAACAGGUUAACCAAGUUGUUGAUGAAAACAAGAGUAGUCCAAUUGAAGAACAAGGGACUAGCUAA